AUGAAUAUUUCGUACUCAUGCACCCGGUUAGAUGAUUUGCCAGACGAAAUUCUUAUGAUUAUCUUUCAAGAAUUAAAUCAGCUUGAUGUACUUCUUUCUUUAGCAGAUGUCAGCAAACGUUUAGAUAAAAUUGGACAUGAUCGAAAUUUUACAAGUCAUGUGACGCUAUUCGAAUCUUUAUCGAAGAGCAACAUUCGAUCAUUACCUGGUCGAAUAGUCGAUCGAUUUUUAGAAAUUUUACCUUCAAUCCAGGAUCAGAUCAAAUGGCUUAAUCUAGAAACAACAUAUAUGGAACGUAUUCUACUUGCUACAGAUUAUCCUAGUUUAUAUGGACUUGGUUUAUAUGGUAUUGACAUCAAAAACGCUAUAUCUCUCUUUACUAAGGAUAAUGUUUUUACUCGUAGAGUCGGAAACCAAAUAUCAUACCUUGUUAUUGAUAUGGUGCCAAAUAACGAAAUGUCAUCACGAUAUCUCCAUAAUAUUGUAUUUACAGAUGUCUUUACUAUGUUUAUCAAUUUACAAUAUUUAAAAUUCUAUCCAUCUUCACUCGCCUUUCAUGGAUUAAUAUUUGACAAAUCACUUCCAACUUUUGUUUCUUCAACUUUGUUAGAAUUGCAUGUCAAUGUUCAUAGUUUUACUGAUUGUCUUUAUUUACUUGAUGGACGCUUCAAACAACUUCGUAACUGUCAUGUAAAUAUUUUUCAUAUCAAGUCUACCAGCUUAACAAUCGCUAAUGAGGAAAAACUACCCAAUCUAAGAUGUUUUUCUAUACGUAGUAUUAUGCGAACACAUGUUUACGAUGAAUUAAUUGUACCACUUCUACAACGAAUGUUUAAUUUAGAAAAACUAGAUUUGUGUCUCAAGGUCAACCGUAACGAAGGAUUUAUUGAUGGGAACGAUUUAAAAAAGAAUAUUAUCAAUCAUAUGUCAAGACUAAAUCAAUUUACAUGUAAUAUUCGUUUAUACAAUCAUAGUUCUAAUCAAACUAAUGUGCCAUCAAAUAAAGAUAUUCAACAUUCAUUCAAAUAUUUUAUUAAUAAGCGAAUUAUUUCUUGUGCCGAUCAUUUCCAAGAGAAACAUUACAGUUAUUGUCAUUUUUAUUCACAUCCAUAUAGAUUAAAACAUUAUGACAAUGUCUCAAAUAAUUUUCCAGGUGGAUUAUUUAAAUUUGUUUAUGAAGUAUCAUUACAUGAUGAACGUCCAUUUGAACAUGACUUUUUUCUUCAAAUUGCUCAUUCAUUUCCAUGUAUGAAAGAAUUAACUUUAAUCAAUAAAAAGCCACAGAAAAACAAAUCAAAGAACAACAAUCAAGAUCUAUUAAUUAUCCAAUAUCCUCAUCUUACUACACUCAAUCUUCUUGAAGCUCAUGAUGAUUAUGUCGAAUUAUUUUUACUUGACACCAAAUUGUAUUUGCCAAAUAAUGUUCGUCUAUGUGCUCGCUACGAAUCUUUGCGGUUACUUACAGACAAUUUCGAGAGAGAUGAAACACGAAUCAAUUCUGCUAAAAUGCAUUAUGCCUGUUAUGAUAAUGUUUUACCAAAACAUUUCAAAGACUAUUUUCUGAAUAUAGAAAUGCCUUUAUUAUGUUUGUUGCCAACUAUUGUUUAA